AUGUCUAAUCAGUCAACAACACAAACAGGAGGUGGUGGUGGAGCACAUACAGGAGGCCCAACUCAACCAAAGCCAGCACAUACUCUACGUGGUAUUGUUCGUGCUGUGAACUCUGGCGAUAGUUUGGUCAUUCAGGAGAUUGACAGCGCACGUGGCGAGUUCAAGGACAAGCAGGAGUUCCUGCUGUCGGGCAUCUGCGCCCCACGUCUGGCUCGCCCAGGCAACAACGACAAGGCAGCCACACAGGACGAUCCCUUUGCCUGGGACUCGCGUGACUUUUUGCGUAAGCUGUGCAUCGGCAAGCGCGUCAACUUUGUGAUCGACUACACCAACCCGGCCUCGAGAAAGUCCAACAUCACAGCCUACGUCUCGGACGACUCGGAAAACUCGAUCAACAAGCAGAUGGUCGAGAAUGGUUGGGCCACCGUCUACAAGUCAAAGAAGCCCGAUGCCGCCCUCAUGCAGCUCGAGCUCGAGUCCACCAACAGACAGCUUGGUCUCCACAACAAGAGUGCCAUCGCCGUCAACAACGCCGUCAGACCAACACACAACAUCACCUCUUUUGACCUCUUCAACAAGCUCAAGGGCAAGCAGUUGCAAGCCUUUGUUGAGAACAUUAGAUCAACUAAAUAUAAAUUGGUGAUCCUGCCAUCAUUCCAUGUGGUCACUGUCCAGCUGUCUGGUGUGCAAUGCCCAGGCUACAAGAAGGACGCCUCUACUGGUGAGAUGGUGCCAGAGCCAUUCGCUGUGGACGCCGAGACGUUGGUCAACAACAAUGUGCUCCACCGUGACAUCACACUCACCCUUGACACUCUCGAUAAGCAGGGCAACUUGUUUGGUUCAGUGAUGUGCGCCGGCAAGGACGUCGCCGAGGAGCUGCUCAGACAGGGUCUGGGCUCGUUCGUCGCAUGGAGCGCCACCAACCGCACGAUCGCCGAGCAGGCCGCCCUCAAGACCGCCGAGCAGAACGCCAGAAACUCUCGCCAGAGGAUCUGGAGUCUGCCAGGCGCUGUGCCCGCCGCUGGUGCAGAGACCUCAACCACAUCCACAUCCAGCACCGGCGUGUCUGCGCCCACCCAGGCCGAGGGCCACCCACAGGAGAUCAGCGGAAAGGUCACAGAGAUUGGCAACAGUGGACAGCUCACCAUCGUGGACGAGCACAGAGGCGAGCACAAGAUUGCCUUGGCUUCGAUUCGUGUUCCAGGCUACUCCAAGGUCACUUCAGAGUCUGAGAGCGAUGAGCGCCGCUUCGAGAGAUACUGGGCCGUCGAGGCCAAGGAGUGGCUCAGAAAGCGUCUGAUUGGUCAGAAGGUCAACGCCAAGCUCGACUUUAUCCGUCCAGCCCUCCCCGCCAACAACUUGCCUGAGAAGGCAUUCUACAGUGUGUACUUUGGCAAGGGCAACGUGUCACUUGGUCUGCUUGAGGCCGGUCUGGCCCAGGUCCAGGAGCACAAGUCCUCAGACAACAGAUCAGUUGAGUACGACGCACUGGUGAUGGCCGAGAACAAGGCCAAGAAGAAGGCCGUCGGUCUGUUUGCCAGCCACAAGUCCACGCCAAACUUCACAGUGAACGACGUCAGCGCAGCCGACGACAAGAACCUCAAGGCCAAGGCCACCAAGCUGCUACCACACAUCAGAGGCACACUCAACCCAGCAAUCGUUGAGUACGUAUUUAGCGCACAGAGAUUCAAGUUGUACGUGCCCAAGGAGUCCUGUCUGAUCAACUUCUCGCUGUCGAGCAUCCGCUCUCCCAAGCGUGGUGAGAACGCCGAGCUCGACCUGCUGUCCAACCAGGCUCUUCUCUUCUCGCGUGAGCACCUCCACCAGCACGACGUGUUCAUCAGGAUCGACGACGUUGACAAGGGAGGAAACUUCAUUGGCACACUGAUGUUCAACAACAAGAACUACGCCCUCACCCUCGUCGAGCAGGGAUACGCCUCAAUCUACGACCCAAUGAGCCGUCUGGACAAGACAUUCGUCGACGCUGAGACCAAGGCCAAGAACGCCCGUCUCAACAUCUGGAAGUCGUACGACCCAGAGGCCGAGCAGAGAGAGUUGGCUGCCGCCGAGGCCGCUGAGGCUGAGAAGCGUGCCGUCCGCACCGACGCCCAGGAGAUCACCAUCAGCAGCGUUGCUAGCGCCACCGAGCUCUACGUGCGCCGCAACAACAACGACAUUGAGGAGUCACUCAGAGCUCUGGACCUGGACGACGCCAGCACCGCCAACUGGUCGCCCAAGGUUGGAGAGAUGGUUCGCGCCAAGUACAGCCAGGACCAGAAGUGGUACAGAGCCAAGGUGUUGGCCAUCACUGGCAAGGAGGUGGACAUUCUGUUCCACGACUAUGGCAACAAGGACAUUGUGUCGCUCGGCGACGUCAAGCCCCUGUCUGGCAAGUUCCAGGUCCUGCCCGCCCUGUCCAACAUCGUGUCACUUGCAUACCUGAAAGCCUCGUCCAACGAGUACCGUAACGACGACGCCAUCGACUACCUGGAGGGCGUCGUAGGCAACAUCAUGACACUGACCGUGCAGUCCAGAGACGAUUCGGGCAAGACCUCAGUCGUACUCAAGGACGAGCAAGGUGUGCUCAACUGUGAGCUGCUCCGAAAGGGUCUGCUCAAGCUGGACCACCAGACCGCCAAGAGAAACCCAGCCGUCUACGACAAGUAUUCCAACGAAGAGAAGUUGGCCAAGAAGGAGAGACUCUGCAUUUGGGAGCAUGGUGAUGUCAGCAGCGAUGAUGAGGACGAGGCUGCCAAGAAGUUCGCUGGCAAGCCACAGAGAGGUGGAAGAAGAUAA